UCUACUUGGACAUUUAAAUUAUCGAAAAAUCAAGGUGGACAUCUCGAAAAAGAGAGCGAAUUUUCACUAUGUCGUCAAGAUUUUGAAUGCAUAAAACAUCACUACAAGAUAAAAGGAUAUUCUUUACAUACUGCACAUACUGUACUGUUCUACGUACAAAUGUACGUGUACAGGGAAUAUUACAUCGACUAUUAUACUGUUCAAGCAAAUAAUCUAUUUGAUAUGAAUGCUCUAAAUGAAAGCAUUUGCGAUAAGGUUUCAUUUGAAACCAAAAAGACGUGUGAUGAAAUUGGAAAUUUAUUGGACAAGUUAUAUGAUGAUCCAAAUAUUGGAAUUAUGACCACUUCAAAUGAUUAUGAAAAUGAUUUGAAAGAACUCUUCAUACGUGUGCAAAGAUACUUAAGCCAAAUAUGUAUCGGAAUAUUUUACCUUACUUCAUGCCAAUUUAAGACUAUGAGAAAUUUACUUUAUAUUGGCAAUAUCUUGAACUUGAUCAAGAAAAAAAACUUGGAGAAUCAACAAAACGGAGAUUCUGCCAGCAACAAACAGAAUUUGGAAAACGAGCCUCGAUUCCAAAAGCAUUGUAUUGAAGUGAAUAAAGAAUAUGAAAAUAUGAAAAAGCAACAGAAUCUCUUAGAAAGUCCUUUUUUACCAUUAUCAAUAAUUCAUCUGAUCCUGACGAUGUCGAGAAAGCGUGUGAACUUCUUGAAAAAUCUAAGGUUGGGUAAAAAUUUUGCUUUUGCAGUAUUGCAACAGGCAAUAGGUGUGCAGCUAUGA